GGCCCAUGGAGCAUCAAGUCCAGCGAGCUCGCGCCGCGUUCCGGACUGGCCGGACACGGCCCCUGCAGUUCCGGCUGCAGCAGCUCCAGGCCCUGCGGAGAAUGGUGCAAGAGCGCGAGACAGACAUUCUGGCAGCCAUCGGCGCCGACCUGCGCAAGAGUGAAUUCAAUGCAUACAGUCAGGAAAUCAUUAACACCCUUGGAGAAAUUGAUCAUGUGUUGGAGAAGCUUCCGGAAUGGAUUACUCCUAUGCCAGCUGAGAAGAACCUGCUCACCAUACUGGAUGAGGCCUAUAUUCAUUCAGAGCCCCUGGGAGUCGUACUAGUUAUUGGAGCUUGGAACUACCCCUUUGUUCUCAACAUCCACCCACUGAUAGGAGCCAUUGCUGCAGGAAAUGCUGUGAUUAUCAAGCCUUCUGAACUAAGUGAAAAUACAGCCAAGAUCUUGGCUAAGCUUCUCCCUCAGUACAUAGACCAGGACCUGUAUAUUGUUAUUAAUGGUGGUGUUAAGGAAACCACAGAACUUCUGAAACAGCGAUUUGACCACAUUUUUUAUACAGGAAGUACUGCAGUUGGAAAAAUUAUCAUGGAAGCUGCUGCCAAGCAUUUGACCCCUGUGACUCUUGAACUGGGGGGGAAGAGUCCAUGUUACAUUGAUAAAGAUUGUGACUUGGACAUUGCUUGCAGACGCAUAACGUGGGGGAAAUACAUGAACUGUGGUCAAACCUGCAUUGCUCCAGACUACAUUCUCUGUGAACCAUCCCUCCAGAAUCAAAUUGUGCAGAAGAUUAAGGAAACUGUGAAGGAAUUUUAUGGAGAAAAUGUGAAAGAGUCUCCUGAUUAUGAAAGGAUCAUCAAUCUUCGUCAUUUUAAGAGGAUAGUAAAUCUGCUUGAAGGACAAAAGAUAGCUUAUGGUGGGGAGACUGAUGAGACCACAUGCUACAUAGCUCCAACAAUACUUACUGAUGUCGAUCCGGAAACCAAGGUGAUGCAAGAAGAAAUUUUUGGACCACUUCUUCCUAUAGUGCCUGUGAAAAAUGCAGAUGAAGCCAUAAAAUUCAUAAAUGACCGUGAAAAGCCCCUGGCUUUUUAUGUAUUUUCUCAUAACAAGAAGUUGAUCAAACGAAUGAUUGAUGAGACGUCCAGUGGUGGCGUCACAGGCAACGAUGUUAUUAUGCAUUUUACACUCAAUUCUCUACCAUUUGGAGGAGUGGGUGCUAGUGGAAUAGGGGCUUAUCAUGGAAAACAUACGUUUCAUACUUUCUCUCAUCACCGUUCCUGUUUAUUAAAAACUUUAAAGAGAGAAGGUGUUAACAAACUCAGAUAUCCUCCCAACAGCCAGUCAAAGGUAGAUUGGGCAAAAUUGUUCCUUUUGAAACGGUUCAACAAAGGAAAACUUGGUCUUCUGUUGCUCACCUUCCUGGGUAUUUUAGCAGCUGUGCUUAUCAAGGCUGAAUACUAUUGAAGAAUGAUCCUGUUCAACCACCUAGUUGCCUCUCCUGAAUAAUUCCUUCUAUUAAAUGGUUAAUGAACCAAUAUUUUUAAAAUUCUGCUAAUAAUAGUAAGAAAAAAUAUGCAUAUGCACUGUGAUUAAACCUAAA